AUGGAAGUUUCUCAAGACAUCACCCUAGCUAAGCACAAAGCAAAUUGCUUUCGAGGUCUCAUACGCGCACGUCUUGACUGUCUACAAUUUAAUCACCAGCUCUUUUUGAACAAACAUCGUGAAGAAUCUCCUCAAAAUGUUCGUAGGCUCCAGAAGAUCUUUGAAAAGACUGGAUGCUUGAGGCUACAAGAAGAGAAUAUCAUUGAUGCCGUCGUCGAGGAUGACCGUCUCAACGCAGCGCUACAUGCUAUUGGUCUUUCUAAUGAAGCCCUCCAGAAGAUACGCUCACCUGAAGAUGCUCCAAGUUUGUACCUCGGAGAACUAAGGUGUCUUAAUGGACUGCAUCGGAUAAGAGCAGCGGAUCAAUACCUGAACGAGAACGACAAGUGGUGGGUCGUGAGACUAUUCUCGAGUGAAACCCCGACUCCUGUUCUCAGUCAUAUUAUUGAGUCAUAUACAAACGAACAAAAGCCGUCAGAUGGCGAAAUCUUCCGCAGGAUACGAUUGUAUCACCGAGAAAAUAAAGUCGAAGCAGAAAGAAAAUGGUGGGCAAGACUUCACAACUCAAAACCUAAGGAUCUUCGCCAGCUAUUUAAAAGAAGGGAACUCAUAUCUGGAUUCGACAAACUCCUCGAAAUGCCAGGCCUUUGGUCGAAGGUACAACUUGGUGCUUUGCAUAGACUUCUGACCUUGAAGUGCGACGAGGAGAUGUCUCAUUAUCUUAGUCGCAUACUCCAGGUUUGGACAAAGAUUUUGACUUGCAGAAACACUACUCUGCCAUUCUCUGCGGUUGAUGCGGUCACUGUAGAAAGUCUUGAGUUAUUGGCACCUAAGCAUUCUACCAUUGAUAAGGCAUUUGUUCUGAGUCUGUUCGAGCGAAACAUAGUAUUCCCUUCUCAAUUAGACAGUCAGAUCCGUCGGGAUUUAGCGGAGAACAUAUGCGCUUCUGAAGGUCUGAUACCAUCACUUUGGACAUUUUUCGAGACGCUCAAAUACAUCGAACCUAUAUGUGAGACUCUAAAGAAGCUAAUCGGCAAUAAUAUGAAGCGUACUAUACGUUCAAGUUUGAUGGGAUGCUACUUUCCUCCGGACAAGAGAAACAUCCAAGUUGCUAAGUUUAGAGAGGCAGAGAUUACAUCGAUAAUAAAUCAAGAGGAGGCGGCCUGGAUCUCAUACGUCGAACUGUGGGCCUUCUGUGGUCGCUAUUUCAAUAAACUCACUUCCUUCACGCCAAGAAAAGAGAGCGGUGAAGCGAAGCCGACAGUAGAAGGACCGAACCCAGUGCUCUGGCAACAUCUAGCAAGCUUCUCCGUUUCACGUGGCUUCAAGACGAAACGGGCUCAGGAAUUGGCGAACACCGACCCUCAUACUGAGCUCGCUUACGAAUAUCUUCGUAAAUCUAGUCCAUUGUCUGCAUCAUCUUAUGAACGACAAAUUCAUGAGAUCGUAAGUGCCAGUCGAACUGUAGACGAUGACACACAUGAGCUACCGACCAUAGUAUCUGGUCACAUAGAAAAAGAAAGACGGAGUGGCCGCCCUUUUGAAAAUCACUUACGCAUAGAUGAGCAGAACUUAUAUCUCCCAAACGUUUAUAACAACGUGGAACCUAUAGAGGCUAAUUGGGCGUUGAUGCGACGUGACGUGUUCAACUCUCUUUUUGGGAACCUUGUCAUACAGGUAUGCAUGAUAGCCUGCAUUACAUAUUGCAUAUACCUAACAUUCACUAGCAUAGUGAUAUUCUGCACCCUAUAUUUGUACAUAGUUCCACUUUUGAUACCGAUCCGAUGGAUCUCGUAUUAG